AUGGAUCAGAGCACACAACUCACGUUCAUGUUAGACCUGAACAAGUAAGUUACAUUAUACAUGAUAGAUAGAUCUGUUUCAGACCCUCUCACGCCAAAAAUGGAUCUGAUCAAGAAGAAAAAGAUCUAAUAGACAUUGAGGAUCCAGCGGUUGUUCAAAGACGAAUAACUAUCAACAAGAUUCAAGACUUGUGUAGUGUACCAUAUUAUCCACCACAACCGUAAGCAUUUCACAUAUGAUAAUAUAUUGUAUUUUAGAAUUAUUUAUUUUUCGAUACGAAGUUUUAUUGUUUUAGAGCUUUCUACCGGUCUUACAAUAACUUUUACCUUACUCAAUCUGCUUCUGUUCCCAAUAUUCCCCAAAACACACCUAAUUAUAAACCAACACAGUUCUUUGGUAUGUUGUAUAUUAUUUAUAUUGUUAUUUGUGCUUAGAUGUAAAACAAACUUCUGAUCUGACAUCGAGUGUCAACAACAACGGAGUUACGAUUCCUUUUCGGACCAAAGAGAACUAUUGUAUAGAGAACAUCAACGAGCUAGAUCCUUUGUAUAUUAGACAACAAAGAGCCAUGACAGAGAGUCCAUCUACAAGUAAAGAAACUGGGAGUUAUGUAGGAGGAGGUAACGGUGAUGGUGAAAUAGAUAAUCUUAGUGAAAAUGUUGAUCAUACUCAACCAUCUACUUCACAAGUUCAUAGAAGGGAGAGUUUGAGGAAUAGACAGAAGACAUUCGAUGAUCUACAAUAUCAGAAGGAGCCAGUUCACGAAUUUUAUAAAGAUGUGAGUUUGAUAUCUAAGAUGAUUGCAAAUAUAAAGUUUAGACAUUUAGAGAGUUUAAGGCUAAUAAUGAUGUUUUAGUGUUUGUCAUUACAAACUUAUAUAUCCAACUACCAAAUCGAUGCCACUUUUUCAUUUCUGGCACCAGUUAAGGAUUAUUACACGACGCAGGCCGAUUGUAUAAAACUCUCAGUGUACAUAAACAAAAAGUGUAAAUUUAUUAGUGAAAAGUUGGAGUUUACGUGUUUGUCUUCUUCUAAAAUCAACGAAAUCUUGACGGAAGUCUUGUUGAAGGUGCUACCACAACAUAUAAUAGACCAGAACAAUGGCACAAUACCUCUGUCUGAUUACUGUUUGUGUGUUUAUGGGACAGAACAAGUACUUGGUCAAGAGAAUUCAAUUGGGAAUUUCGUGUUUGUGGGAUUGGAGUUGUCACAUGACAGAGAUGUGAGGUUGGAACUGGUACCUUUGCAGCAUGUCAAGUUUAAUGGUCUGCAAGAGUAUGUUUACCUUGUAUUUAAGAUUAAUUAUUUAUAAUCAUUUUAUGGGUUUUUUUUAUUUUUUAUGCAUUGUUUUAGUGGCUCGUGCACUUUUAUUACCAUCGAUUCUAAGCCUAUUUACUACGAACACUUUGAUUCCUUUAUAAACACAUUGAAAAGGAAUAUUACUGUGCGCUUGAACACUCCAACAGGUAACUAAUCAUUAAAUGUAUGAUAAAUAUUGUGUUUUAAAUGAAUAUUAACGUACCCAACCUCCUGAUUUUAGACAAAAUAUCUCGCCACAACAUUUUGCAAUCUCUGAAACUCAUCCAGACCUACACCAACUUCUCUCAAUCUUCCUCUUUCACCGAUGCCAUCGAUCUUUUUGCCAAUUCCAAAUCAGCAGAUAUAAUGCAAUACUCAGUCAGUCGUCUAGUCACAGAACUAAUCUCUUUUUUCAAAAUAUACUGUAGAUGUGCACCUACCGAUUUCUCUGUAAUUGUAAGUUCUGCAUUCUGUACUCAUUUCUUACUUUAAUCAGUAUACUAUGUACGUUGAUUUAGAUGUAAUAUUUCAUUUUUUAGACUGAAGACCCAGUUUCCCCGUUACCUGUGAAAGAGGUAAUGAAAUGUAACGAUAUUAACUUUGAGUUCAUAAUUGAUUCUCUUCACAAUAUUCCAGUAGCGUGGUCUACUAAAUACCAUCAAUAUUAUGUUGAAGUAGAAGUUGUGCACGGUAUUAAUGGUCUUGGAAUGCAGAAAACAACCGGUCGAGUUGUGAGAGACAUAUGUGCCAAUAUGUUAGUGUUCAGUGAUAUGGUAAGUUCCGUCUUUGAAUAUAAGUCGGACUCUUCAGAUUCACAUUGAAUGUGCCUUGUCCAAGUUUCCUCGAGAAGUUCACGCUUCUUUUGUUGUUAUUGGUGAGGUUAGGCCGGAACUUAACACCAGUAGUGCCGUACUUACGCAGGACUAUCUCGCUUCUGGUACUGUUCCGAUCUUCAAUCGAGAUGGGUAAGGGUUUUACUCAAAAAGGUUUAUAUUUUUUCCUUGCUUAUUUAGCUUCAGUUUAAAAAGUUUAUAUAACCUAUGAGGUUCUGAUAUAUCAAUGUGAAUAUACAUUAACAUCUCGUUCGUUUAGUUUUUUGAUCACGGGCCCAGUACUUUUGGGAUUAAAUCGAUUGUCCAACAAUAUCCUCCAGCCUUGGGGACCUCAAAGUUUGAUCAGAUGUCCGGAAGACCCAGUCUUGAGAGUGACAUUCAUGGAGUACGAACAUGACAUCAGAUUCCCUCUUGACAUUGUAUACAACAAAUGGUAGGUUUUCACAAUAAUGUGUCAUGACGUAACUUUUGAUACAUGUAGCGUUGUUUAAAUUAUUUUUGAUUUACAGUCAAUGGCGUGACUUCUCUAUGAUGAGCAAGGUGGAUCAAGAGUUUGCCAAGACCGUGGUGGAGAACAACACCUUCCACAUGAUCAAGAAAGACGAGAAAGAGUUUCUUUGGUCGAAAAGAUGUUACUUGAGGACUCUUCCCAAAGCUCUGCCAUUAAUUCUACAUGCUUGUUUUUCUUGGGACUCAAUCAAUGUCGGGCAUAUCUAUGCUCUUCUGGAUGAUUGGGUUGAUUUGUCACCAGAAGUGGCUGUAGAACUUCUUUUGCCAUAGUAAGUUUGUGAAUUUAAUUAUCAUGAUAAGUGGUGAUAGGUCACCUUGAUGAAGGUUGAGGGUGAAAAUUAUAUUUUUAGUUUUCCUGAUCAAAAAGUACGAUCGAAGGCAAUAUCGUGGAUUCGGAAAGCCUCUCCAGCUUUCAUCUUUGGCUUUACUCCUCAGUUUGUUGAAGCUUUGAGGUUCGAAACUUACGAGGAUUCUGAGCUAGCCAAGUUCUUAUUGGAACGUUGUGUGCUGGACAAAACAUUUGCCUUUGAAUUCUACUGGUAAGUAAUAAAAAAUAACUUCAUAAAUUGGCAUUAAUAUUCCGUACUACUGUUCUAAAUGUUUUCUUUCAGGCAACUUCAACAAAGGAUUGACGCAGUUUCAAACUAUGGCUUCAGAGCACGUUGUAGAGUACUACAAGAGAAACUGUGCGCUUUGGGUAUCCCUGGAUUCUCUGAAAAUGUAAAACAACAACAUUUGUUCUUAAAAAUGAUCGAGAAGAUAAACCAACACAUUAAAAAUUUGCCGGACUCUUCAAUGGAAACAGUACUGAAACAGAAGUUGGUAUCGUUAGGAAAUGACAUGGACGUUUCUAAACUCCGUAUCCCUCUGAAUCCUGCCUUCAGAUGUCUCUCCAUCAACCUCGAGAACUGUGGUUAUUUCAAUUCAUUGACAAAGCCUUUGAGACUGGCUUUUAAAGGAGAAACCAUCGAUUACAGUGUCAUCUUCAAGGCAGGCGACGAUCUGAGGCAAGAUGCCAUUGUACUUCAACUGGUUAGUAUCAUGGAUGACAUCUGGCACAGAAACGGUCUUGAUCUCAGACUGAUCCUAUUCAGAUGCCUGCCAAUGGGAGCUCAAAAGGGAUUCAUCGAAUUGGUGCCAAGUUGUCGGACGUUGAGAGAGAUUCAGAUAUAUUCUGGAGCUACUGGAGUCUUCAGGGAUGACGUCAUCAACAACUGGCUACAAACCCACAAUACUUCUGAAUUCGAAUACAGAUGUGCCUUGGAGAACUUUAGAAGAUCAUGUGCAGGAUGGUGUUUGGCUACUUAUCUUCUGGGUAUUGGUGACAGACACAAUGACAACAUCCUGAUCACCACCAAUGGCCACGUGUUCCAUAUUGACUUUGGAAAGUACAUGGGAGAUUGGCAGAUGGCUGGAGGAAUUAAAAGAGAUCGGGUACCUUUUAUUCUGACUCCAGAGAUGGUUUACGUCAUCAACCAAGGGAAGCUGGUGUCCACACAACACUUCCAGAAGUUCAUCGACGAAUGUUGUCAAGCCUUCAAUUUGGUCAGGAAACAUUCUUCUCUGCUUCUGAACGCGAUGCGGUUUGUAAGUUUUAUUUUUAAUUUAAAUUUAGGUAACAAAGUAAUAAGUUUCAUGAAUAUACUUACAGAUGUGUUGUUCGGACAUCCCAGGCCUUGACAAUUCAGCCCAACAGUUUGUGGAGAACAAUCUCCUCCUCCAUCUGAAUGAUGUCGAUGCUACUAUUACCUUUACUCGCAUGAUCCAAGAUACAUUGACUAGUGUCUUUCCCCGACUCAACUUCUUUGCUCACACUUUGGCACAAUUGAAACAGAAUCCUUCGUUAGCCGCUGCUUUUGGUGGAAUCACGGAUCUGAAUCAGAUGUCCUUCAUUUCGGGAACUUACAGGUAAAUUUACAAAAAAUGUUAUUCUAUUUUGGAGUUACGAAUUGCAAAUACGAUUUGUGGCUUUUCGUUGUUGAGUUUGUUACAAAACAUUGUUUUUCGAAAGAUGUAAACAAAAUUUCGAAAUCUGCUUGUUUACUACUAAAUUUCGAAAUAUUUUUAAACAAUUUGAAUAAUUUUUAAAAUCUUUAUAUUUCAAUUACAGUGUGAAACAAGAUGGCCGGAUAACGAAGAUAGUAGUCAGUUCGUACGAAAAGUGGAAGAAACCAGAGAAGGUGUAUAUGUUCAAAUGUUUAAUAAAACGAGAGAAUGUGGCCGUUCAGACUGCCGUCUACAGAACCUACGACGAAUUCAACGAACUACAGUUGAAGUUACGGUGCAAUUUCUCCAGAAUCGCGUUUCCAUCGCUUGGAAGAGGUCUUCUGUUAGGUAGAACCAAUGUUCACUCAGUAGCUGCACAACGACAAAUCGAGAUACAACAAUUUGUACAUAUGUUGUUUGAUCUGCCAGAAGAGAUUUGUCAUGUAGGUUUUGAUAUAAGAGGCCUUCACAAUACUAUGGAUUAUCAUUUAUUACCUAGAACAUUUUUUCCAUUAUUUUUAAAUUUAACAUAGGACAUUUUUAGUGCGAUCUAGUCUACACUUUCUUCCAUACUAUUUACCGUGAUGAAGCACCAGAAGAGCAUCGUCAUCGUCUGACAGGUUCCACACAGUCUUCACAUCCAGAAGUCUUUCUACGAAUCGGAUUGGAGAAAUCAGAACGGAAGCUCAAGAUAUUUGUUGGACAUGCUCGGAAUGUGCCUGCGGUCAAUAAACUUACAGAGCCCGAUACCUAUGUUAAGACGUAUCUGCGGAGAGCUUCGGAGAAGGGAGAGAAGCGAAAGACGGCUGUCGUCCAGAAGUCCACAAAUCCUACUUACAAUUCAGAAGUAUGUCUAAUUUGAAUAUUUAAUGAUAUUAUCGUAUUAUCGGUAUUAUAUCAACUCUUUAACGACACUUUUCAGCUUACUUAUCAUCUCACAGAAGGCGAGAUGCAAUACGUGCCCGACUACAUCGUGUAUGUGUCGGUCUGGUUCAGCAGCUACAUUUUGAAGGACAACUUCAAGAUCUGUGAAGUUGGAGUACCUCUUAAGAACCUUAUCAGUACAACUACAUUCGAACAAUGGUAUCGGUUAAACGAGUCUUUUUAA